UGGAGUUUAUACUAGCUCAGAAGAACUUCAAAGACAAACAAGUAUCUGGCUAAUUGACUAUCCUUUUGAGUUAUAUGCUGAACAACAAUCAAUAAAUAUUUCAGAAAUGACUGCCUCUAGGUCAUGUUCUCAAGAAAUUAUAUCAACUAUCUGUCAAAAUAGCCUAUCAUUAUUAGUAAUAAAUAAAGAUAUUUAUAAUAUAUGUGAUCAUCUUUGUAAAAAGAGUUUGGAAAGUUAUACUCUAGUUGAAGCAUUGAUAGAUAAGCUUAGAGAAGAUGGUUAUAA